CGUAGCAACGGCAACCGGAACGGCACCGUUUUGAUUUUCCUAACUUUUAAAAAUUAUUAUUUAUUGUUAAUGUAAAUUGAAAUUUGGUCGAAUGAAAGUGUGUACGAUUUCAGAUCUUGACACACCUUGCAUUCCAUUUUCCUUCUCAAUCAAAUCAAUCCCUUUCUUCAUUACUUAGUUUCAACGAAGCUUGCUUCUUCUGCUAACAUGUCGCUGUUUAAAUACAAUACUCAUAUAUUUAAUUUAUUCCUUUACUCUGUUUUUUGCCCUCAAUCUUUAGUCUACUGUUUCUAAUUAUUACUUCAAUUUUCAUUUGUUUAUAAUCUUCUACUUAAAGGUUGACAUAAUAGUAUUUACCAUUGCCAUAGAUACAAUGAUGAGUGGGGGAUUUGAAUCUCAAUCACAACCGAAUCUUAAUUGGAUGGUCUCCGAUAUGCUUAUUGAUCAGGCAUGAAAUUCAAACUUUGGCAAUCUAAUUGUGGUAUAGUAACUCUCAGUACAGGUCGCGGAUUGAUCCACCUCGAGCGUGAUGGGGUCAAAAAAACAUAUUUAAAUUCUUCUAUGUGAGUAUUGAGUAAAGUGAAAAAAAUUAGAUGUUGAUAAUUUGACAUACACAUGCUUACAAUAUCAACUAUUUAUUUAUAAAUCAAUGGUUAAUGUCUCUUUACAAUAUAAAAGUGAGUUGCUCAUUUUGAAUGAGUCCAAUCAAAUCCUUUAAAAACAUAUCAAUUGUGUGUCCUUUUUCCCAUUAAGUGAUUUAAUGAGCUAAUUUUUUAAAACUGUGUUGUAACUUGUGUCAUUAUGUAUCAUACAAAGGCUAAUUUUGGGGACAUAAUUCCCAACGUGGACAAUAAGGUUAAAGAACAAAUAAUGAGUGCACUAAGAGUGAGAGACCAAGGAGAAAAUAUAAUCGGAUUAUGUGGGCUAGAUAAAAGAGUCAAGUGUUAUGUAAAAAUAGCUAUAAGAAGAGCUGAGAGAGAUGAAUUAUUCCAAAAGAUUGUGACAACAACUGUGACCAAGAAGCCAGACAUUAUAAAGAUUCAAACACAAAUUGCUGAUGCAAUAGGUCUGACUUUCGAUGAUAAGACAAAUCGAGCUGAAUCAACUUCUUGCAUGUGUUUUGGUAAUAAUAAAAGAAUGACAACUUCAGAAAGAGCUCAUCUUCUGUGUGCUAAGAUGAAGGAGCUGCAAACAGUCCUAGUUGUAAUGAAUGAUCUUUAUGGUAGACUUGAUUUAGGUGCGAUUGGUAUCCCAUUUGGUGAAGAUCAUAAUGGUUGCAAGUUAUUGCUGACAUCCACAAGUUUGGAGGUUUUAUCCAAACAAAUGAAGGUUCAUAAAUUGAUACAAAUUCCAGAGAUAUGAUUCUCUACCAACCAACUAGAGUGUUUGAAGCAGAGAUAAUGAAAAUCUGAAGUCCAAACAUGCACAUCAUUUGGAAAACACCAUGUUGGAGAAAGUAGAGGUUGGCAAGUACUUUGUUGGUAUAGAUGAAAUAAGAGUGAGUGUUUUCUGUUAAAUGCUUGUGCUUGUAAUCUAAGAUAUGAAUCCAGUCCAGUGUUAAACCUCUUAUAAAUAAACAUUAACCAAGCUCUCAAAUCUUGGAAGGGAAUAUCCUUGUAACUUUGUCAUCCUUGUCUUUUAGACUUUCCAUUAUGUAUUGGUGUGUGAUUGCAAUAAUAAACAUAUGUCCUCUGUUUUGAGUUAUUUGAUAGAGACAUUAUUUCAUA